AUGUUCCCGGUGAGGGUGGCGGUGGAAACCGUCCGUCCUCAGGCAUGCAUCACAUGCGCCAAUGAGGGGCAUCGUUUCUUGGAAACAUUUGCCGUCGUUUCAGGCUCUACAAACCUUUCUCAAUUAGUCGAGACGGUGCUCUCUGCCCUCGGCCAUCCACAAUUGGCCAUGAACUCGAGAGGGUUCGUCCAAAUGAAGAACUGGAAGCCCCUCCCCUUCGAAUCGAUCACCGACAACCCAGAAGAAACCGUCGAAUCGCUCUUCAAAGAUAUCGCCGGCCAAAUCACCCUCCGGAUUCUGGCAAAACAGACCGGCCCCGAUCCCCCAAACACCCAGUGCAUCAGCGACGUCAAGAAUCGACUGCUGAAAAUGGUGUACAACAAAGAGCCCACCCUCCUCACGACGAACAAUGACAAUAUCAAAGAUUUAAUCUCGCAGCUGAUAACUGCGGAAGAACCAGCAACACUUCUUGAUCAUGAGCAGAUCGCCACGAUCAGCGAUUGGCUGGAUCAGAUGGAUGCACAGGAUGAUCAAAAAUCCCCCUCAUCUCCCACCAAAUUCUCGCCCAUCCUCGAGCUGCCCAAACUCGAAAAAUGGUUCAAAGCCGACCCCAACCCGCCGCGAACAAAAAUCCAAAACUACGUCAGCAUCCUCAACGGGUUCCCCUACCGGAAAAGCAAUGCGAAGAUCAGCUAUCAACAGGUGUGCAACUGGUUCACCUCGCAGCGAUCAAAGGUGAAGCCCAGCUCACCCCAGAACCCGUCAACGCUACUGCCAACCAGCCAGAUUCCGCUCAGCCUGCUCCCCGACUUCCGAGGGAAAUUCGAUUUUCCCACGCCUACCAGCGAGGAGAAGGACAUUCGCGUCGAUUCCGAAUCCCCCGGCCCCACCGACUACCAUUCGGAGAAUGGGAGUGACAACGGGAAGGACGAUGAGUACCACAUGAAGCAGGAAUCCACCGCCUCAUCUCCUGACCUGUCCUUCCCAAUUUCUGUCGCCUCGUCCUCGCCAAAACAUUCUGGACUGCUUGGACUUCCGCAAGAUUUGACGACGACGAUCCCUGGCCUCACAGGCUUUGGGAAUAUAUCAUCUAUGUUAGCGGCCCAAGUGGCCGCUUUCCAACAACAUCAGCAGCAACAGCAACAAUUGUUAAAUGCGGCGCAAGCAGCUCAGCAGAACCAUCAUCAGAUGUCGAAUUCUGGGUGCAACACGCCUGCCCCACAGCACCAAGUGGCCCGAUCACGGUUGAUGUUCGACCCGCUGACCGAGUUGCCGGUGUUGGAGAAGUGGUUUGAGGAGAACCCCCACCCGACGUGGAUGCAAAUUGAUCAGUAUACGCAGACAUUGAAUAGCUGUCCGUACCGGGAAAACUACCCACCAAUCAGCCAACACAAUGUGAAAAUCUGGUUUAAAAACCGACGCGCAAAAUGCAAGCGGAUGCAAACAGGCGUCGUCGACCAAAAAUCAUUAGUUGAAAAACUAUUUGCCCAAGUACAA